GUUCUGCUCAGUAACUCUCACAGUUUUCCAGACACUGGCAGGAUGCAGCUGGACCUGCUGUGGAUCACUGCUGCUCUUCUGGCCUCUGGACCAGUUCUAACACUAUGUGUACCACUCAACGUGAUGUCCGCCCCCAACUUGCUGAGGGUGGGCACCACUGAGAACGUGUUUGUUGAGGCUCAGGACUACACUGGAGGAGAUAUCCCAGUCAGGGUGGUGGUGAAGAACCAUCCGCGGAAGAACAUCGAGCUGGCAUCUAAACAGGUCCUCCUCAGCGCCAAUAACAACUUCCAGGAGCUGGUGGACAUCAAGGUCAGUACUGCCAAACCUGGGACCUGCUGAGAACUUUCAGCCAGC